UCGUGCGAGAAACCAGCAGGCGGCUCCGGGCUUGCGCUCGCUGCCCCGGUUGUCAAGGCACCAGCAGUCUGUGACUUCUCCUCGCUGCGGCUGGACGUUGACAGCUCAGAUCGGCUCUUUUCAUUUCGGACUUUUGCCCGUUUGGAUUUCUAUGUUUUGCCGGCAGUGACGGACUCUCAACAGCUUACUGAUAACACCUACAUUAGGCAGAGCAGAUGAGGAGUUGUUGGCUAUACUCACUUUGGUAACAAACAGGAAGAAUACAGCCAACUCUUGGAGGAGGAAGCAGAGAGGCAGAGCUUUAUCAAAAGGUACUGAACCCUGCCUGCUCUGACACUGCAGUGAGUCCAGACAGACAGACUGGCUGAAAGAUACUGAAAAAGAAGUGGGCAGAUAAACAGAUAGGAGGAUAGAGGGAGAAGUACAACCUCUCUUAGAGCGGUGGCCAGAGUGACAGAAGAGCACAUGAGGAGCGGAAAAGGUGUGACAGCAACAUCCUGACUGGUAACCUUGCUUCUGCACCACACCGCACGCCCAGCAAAUCCAGAGGCGGGCGUCAGAAGGAAGGAAAAGUGCAACCACUCCUCCUGCAGGCAUGAGGUCCUUCCGCUCCUUUAGUAACGAUGACCGCCACGUCAUGGCAAAACACUCCACCAUCUACCCCUCCUCUCACGACCUGGAAGCCGUUCAGACACUGGUGUCCACUGUCGAGUGCGCUCUCAAACACGUCUCUGAUUGGCUGGAUAAAAGCAGUGGCGACGUCCACACCCAGGUCGACAGCCAACCAGCAGACAGCACAGAGGAGGAUGACCCCGGAGAUGAGCCCAGCGAUGAAGCUGAUGACUCCAAUGACGGCUACAGGGAGCCCAGCAGUGGUGGAGGGCUGUGUGGAGUGAUGAGAAUCGGCCUGGUGGCCAAAGGCCUCCUGAUCAAAGGCGACAUGGACCUGGAGCUGGUGUUGAUGUGUAGAGACAAACCAACACAGACACUGCUGGACACUGUCUGUCACAAUUUACCCAUACAGAUAGAGAAGCUGACAGAAGAGAAAUAUGAGGUCACAAGCUCCUUGCCCGAGGCGGCCAUCUUGGUACGAACUACAACAGAGCCCAAACUCACACUGAAGAUUACCCUCACCUCACCGGCCAUGAGGGAAGACGAGGAAGAAGAGGAGGAGGAAGAGGAGGAGGAGGAGGAGGGGGGGGUCGAAGGGGAGGAAGGAGAGGAGGAGGAGGAGGAGGAGGAGGAGGAAGAGGAGGAGGAGGUGGAGGAUGACGAGGAGGAGCAGGAGAGGAAGAAUGGGCGAGUGUUGGGUGCUGCUGCGCAGAGAGUGGAGGCUGAGGAGGAGGAGGGGGAGGUGCUGGAUAGACACAGAUGUCUGUUGGCCCUGGCAGCGCUGCGACACGCCAAGUGGUUCCAGGCUCGAGUGAACGGGCUCAAGUCCUGCGUUAUCAUUCUCAGGAUACUUAGAGACAUGUGCAAUAGACAUCCCAUCUGGGAGCCUCUUAAGGGAUGGCCCUUAGAGCUUAUCUGUGAGAAGGCCAUUGCCACCUGCAACAGACCUCUUGGGGCAGGAGAAGCCCUGCGUCGAGUCAUGGAGUGUCUAGCCUCAGGCAUACUGCUACCAGGUGGUCCAGGUUUACACGACCCAUGUGAGAAAGAGCCAACAAACACACUAGCCAACAUGACCGACCAGCAGGCUGAGGCCAUUACCUACAGUGCACAGCAUGCACUCAGACUCAUGGCAUUCGGCCAGAUCUUCAAAGUGUUGGAGAUGGAGCCUCUUCCCUCAAAUAAACCGUCGCAGAAAUAUCCUUGGUCUGAUAAAGAAGGCUUAGGUCUGAAGAGGCCAUAUGAGGAUGGAGCAAUGGAUGACAAGGACCUCAUCAAGAAGAUGAAGAGGAAUCUGAGAAAAGUCCUGGACAGCAAAGCCAUAGACUCCAACCAGCCAAUGAACGCCCUGAUGCGGUUGAACCAGAUCCGGCCGGGGCUGCAGUACCGCCUGCUGUCCCAGUCAGGCCCAGUUCAUGCUCCGGUCUUCACCAUGUCUGUGGACUUGGAUGGAACCAUUUACGAAGCAUCUGGAUCCUCCAAGAAGACCGCCAAGCUCCAUGUUGCCGUCAAGGUUCUCCAGGCGAUGGGCUACCCGACAGGUUUCGACUCAGACCUGGACCCCAUGAGUUCAGAUGAGAAGUCGGAUGGCGAGGGGAAGAGUGAGACGUCCACGCACACUAGCAAUAAUCCAACACACUCCUCGGACAGCUCCAACACACUGGAGGUGCGAACUCAGGGUCCCAUACUGACGGCAAGUGGUAAGAAUCCCGUCAUGGAGCUGAACGAGAAGAGACGAGGCCUCAAGUACGAGCUCAUCUCUGAAAGUGGAGGCAGCCACGACAAACGCUUUGUUAUGGAGGUGGAGGUCGAUGGGCAGAAGUUUCGUGGAGCAGGCCCCAACAAAAAGGUAGCAAAGGCCAGCGCUGCUCUAGCAGCUCUGGAAAAACUCUUCUCUGGUCCCAACGCAGCUGCAAACAAGAAAAAGAAGAUAUUGCCUCAGACUAAAGGAGCUUUGGCCGCGGCAGCAGCAGCCUCAGCAGUAGCAGCUCAGGUAGCCAGAGGAAGAGGAAGAGCAGCCCUCGCAAGAGGAGCCUUCGUCAGCGCAGCCGCACCUGGAUACGUUACACCAGGCUUCGGGACACCGUAUGGCUACAGCCCUGCUGCAGCAGCUGCUCCUGCAUACGGAGGACUUUUCAUUGACAAUCCCUUCUACCAGCCGCGGACCAUUGCUCCUUUUAUCAUCCAUCUGGGUCCCCAGGAUCUCUUCUCUGACUUCUAGAUGCAGCAGAUUGUUGGAUACGCUCUCACCUGCCUGUAUACGCAGGACACCUGGCUGCUCACAUGCCCACCUGUUUUUUCUGUCUGUGUAAGCGGGCUGCCUUUCUAUCCCAGCUGACAAAACUCACAGAUUCAAAACUGUUUUGCUGGAAAAACCUUCUGCCCGACAACGGCGGCGGAAACCGUCUGACCUACUGACAGAGAGGCUCGAAGCUCCUCUCUGUGUUUUCUCUACACUCCGUCCAGAUUAUCACAUCAGAGGAGAGCAACUUUACACAAAGCAAUACUCGGAUUUUACGAGAAACGUUCGGCUGCGACUGUGCCAGGCUGGGCUGAACUUUGGUCUUUCUUAUAGCAAUACACCUGAACUCCUCUCUAUGAGCUUACUUACUUGAGAAGAUGUGAAUGUCCGAUGGAGUUUUAACCCAACACAGCAUUGCAAUAGCUCAUUUUGAUUGUAUAUUCAUUAUAUGUGUGUGUACGUGUGGCUAUAACAUGACUAUAUACACAUAUAUGUAUGGUGUAUGUUUCUAUAACGAUGUGUUGACAAUAAUAUUACUAUAUGAUGAUGUAUUUAUGUAAAUACGCUAUAAAAUAUAAUUAU